GUAAUAUGCACGUGUCACUAGCUGAGGCCCUGGAGGUUCGGGGUGGACCCCUUCAGGAGGAAGAAAUAUGGGCUGUAUUAAAUCAAAGUGCUGAAAGUCUUCAAGAAUUAUUCAGGAAAGUAAGCAUAGCUGAUCCUGCUGCCCUUGGCUUUAUCAUUUCUCCGUGGUCUCUGCUGUUGCUGCCGUCUGGUAGUGUGUCAUUUACAGAUGAAAAUAUUUCCAAUAAGGAUCUUCGAGCAUUCACUGCACCCGAGGUUCUUCAAAAUCAAUCACUAACUUCUCUCUCAGAUGUCGAAAAGAUCCAUAUUUAUUCUCUUGGAAUGACAUUAUAUUGGGGGGCUGAUCAUGAAGUACCUCAGAGCCAACCUAUCAAGCUUGGAGAUCAUCUCAACAGCAUCCUGCUUGGAAUGUGUGAGGACGUUAUCUACGCGCGGGUUUCUGUUCGGACUGUGCUGGAUGCCUGCAGUGCCCACGUUAGGAAUAGCAAUUGUGCACCUUCAUUUUCCUACGUGAAACAGUUGGUAAAACUGGUUCUGGGAAAUCUUUCUGGGACGGAUCAGCUUUGCUGUAACAGUGACCAGAAACCUGAUCGAAGCCAGGCUAUUCGCGACCGAUUGAGAGGAAAAGGAUUACCAACAGGAAGAAGCUCUACUUCUGAUGCACUAGACAUACACAAGUCUCCAUUCUCUCAUCAGACCUUUCUUAACAAAGGGCUUAGUAAGUCUAUGGGAUUUCUGUCCAUCAGAGACACACAAGAUGAGGAAGAUUAUUUCAAGGACAUUUUAUCAGAUAAUAAUUCUGGACAUGAAGAUUCUGAAAAUACCUGCUCUCCUUACCAGUUCAACACUAGUGGCCCAGAAAAAAAAGCUAUCCCUGGCAUUGAUGUGCUCCCCAAGAAGAAGAUUUGGGCUUCAUCCAUGGACUUGCUCUGCACAGCUGACAGAGACUUCUCCUCUGGGGAGACUGGCAGAUACCGACACUGUCACCCUGAGGCACUCACAGUGCGGACUUCAACCACUCCUAGAAAAAAGGAGGCAAGGUACUCAGAUGGAAGCAUAGCCUUGGAUAUCUUUGGCCCUCAGAAAAUGGAUCCUAUGUUUCACACACGAGAAUUGCCCACUGCCUCGGCAAUAUCAAGUGCUUUGGACCGAAUCCGAGAGAGACAAAAGAAACUUCAGGUUCUGAGAGAAGCCAUGAAUGUAGAAGAACCAAUUCGAAGAUACAAAACUUACCACAGUGAUAUCUUUAGUACCUCCAGCGAAAGUCCAUCUAUUAUUUCCUCUGACUCAGACUUCAGACAAGUGAGAAAAAGUGAAGCUUCAAAGAGAUUUGAAUCUAACAGUGGUCUCCCAGGAGUAGAUGAAACUCCAAGUCAAGGCCAGUCACACAGACCAAGCAGACAAUAUGAAACACCCCUUGAAGGCAACUUAAUUAAUCAAGAGAUUAUGCUAAAACGGCAAGAAGAAGAAAUGAUGCAACUCCAAGCUAGAAUGGCCCUUAGACAGUCUCGGUUGAGCCUGUAUCCAGGGGAUACAAUCAAAGCUUCCAUGCUUGACAUCACCAGGGAUCCUUUAAGAGAAAUGGCCCUAGAAACAGCCAUGACUCAAAGAAAACUAAGGAAUUUCUUUGGCCCUGAGUUUGUGAAAAUGACGAUAGAACCUUUUGUAUCUUUGGAUUUGCCACGAUCUAUCCUUACAAAGAAAGGGAAGAAUGAGGAUAACCGAAGAAAAGUAAAUGUAAUGCUUCUGAGUGGGCAGAGGUUGGAACUGACUUGUGAUACCAAAACCAUAUGUAAAGAUGUGUUUGAUAUGGUUGUGGCCCAUAUUGGCUUGGUGGAACAUCAUUUGUUUGCUUUAGCUGUCCUCAAAGAUAAUGAAUAUUUCUUCAUGGAUCCUGAUUUAAAAUUAACCAAAGUGGCCCCAGAGGGAUGGAAAGAAGAACCGAAGAAAAAGAACAAAGCCACUGUUAAUUUUACUUUGUUUUUCCGAAUUAAAUUUUUCAUGGAUGAUGUUAGUCUAAUCCAACAUUCUCUGACCUGUCACCAGUAUUAUCUUCAGUUGCGAAAAGAUAUCUUGGAGGAGAGAAUGCACUGUGAUGAUGAGACCUCUUUACUGUUGGCCUCCUUGGCUCUCCAGGCUGAGUAUGGAGAUUAUCAGCCAGAGGUUCAUGGUGUGUCUUAUUUUAGACUGGAGCAUUAUUUGCCUCCCAGAGUGAUGGAGAAACUUGAUUUGUCCUAUAUUAAAGAAGAGUUGCCCAAAUUGCAUAAUACCUAUGCAGGAGCUUCUGAAAAAGAGACGGAGUCAGAAUUUUUAAAGGUCUGCCAAAGACUGACAGAAUAUGGAGUUCAUUUUCACCGGGUGCACCCUGAGAAAAAGUCACAAACUGGAAUAUUACUAGGAGUCUGUUCUAAAGGUGUCCUUGUAUUUGAGGUUCACAAUGGAGUUCGAACAUUGGUCCUUCGCUUUCCAUGGAGGGAAACCAAGAAGAUUUCAUUUUCAAAGAAGAAAAUCACAUUGCAGAAUACAUCAGAUGGAAUAAAACAUGCCUUCCAGACAGAUAACAGCAAGGUAUGCCAAUACCUGCUGCAUCUCUGCUCUUCCCAGCAUAAGUUCCAGCUACAGAUGAAAGCAAGACAGAGCAACCAAGAUGCCCAAGAUAUUGAGAGAGCUUCGUUUAGGAGCCUGAAUCUCCAAGCGGAGUCCGUUAGAGGAUUUAAUUUGGGACGAGCAAUCAGCACUGGCAGUCUGGCCAGCAGCACCCUGAACAAACUUGCCGUUCGACCUCUGUCAGUUCAAGCUGAGAUUCUGAAGAGGCUCUCCUGCUCAGAGCUGUCGCUUUACCAGCCAUUGCAAAAAAGUUCAAAGGAGAAGAGUGGCAAAGCUUCGUGUGAGGAAAAGCCUAGAGAGAUGAGCAAAUCAUACCACGAUCUCAGUCAGGCCUCUCUCUCUCCUCAUCGGAAAAAUGUCAUUGUUAACAUGGAAUCCCCUUCACAAACCAUUGUGGAGUUGGUAGGAAAACCGUUUCACCAGAUGGCAAGAUCUGAUACAGAAUCUUUGGCAGGAGUCACAAAACUUAAUAAUUCAAAGUCUGUUGCAAGUUUAAAUAGAAGUCCUGAAAGGAGGAAACAUGAAUCAGACUCCUCAUCUUUUGAAGACCCUGGUCAAGCAUAUGUUAUAGGAAUGACUUUGCAUAGUUCUGGAAAUUCUUCAUCCCAAGUUCCCUUAAAAGAAAAUGAUGUGCUACACAAAAGAUGGAGCAUAGUAUCCUCACCAGAAAGGGAGAUUACCUUGGUGAACCUGAAAAAAGACGCAAAGCAUGGCUUAGGAUUUCAAAUCAUUGGUGGGGAGAAGAUGGGAAGACUGGAUCUAGGUGUAUUUAUCAGUUCAAUUACUCCUGGAGGACCAGCUGACUUAGAUGGAUGCUUAAAGCCAGGAGACCGUUUGAUAUCUGUAAAUAGUGUGAGCUUAGAGGGGGUCAGCCACCAUGCUGCAAUUGAAAUUUUGCAAAAUGCACCUGAAGAUGUGACACUUGUUAUCUCUCAGCCAAAAGAAAAGAUAUCCAAAGUGCCUUCUACUCCUGUGCACUUUGCCAAUGGCAUGAAAAAUUACAUGAAGAAACCUUCCUAUAUGCAAGGCAGCACUAUCGAUUCUUCUGAGGAUCACCGCUGGCCACGUGGUACCCUGAGGCACAUCUCAGAGAGCUCUUUCGGGCCGUCUGGAGGGCUGCGGGAAGGAAGCCUGAGUUCUCAAGAUUCCAGGACUGAGAGUGCCAGCUUGUCCCAGAGCCAGGUCAAUGGCUUCUUUGCCAGCCACGUAGGUGACCGGACCUGGCAGGAAUCACAGCACGGCAGCCCUUCCCCAUCUGUGAUAUCCAGAGCCACUCAGAAGAAGAGGACUUCUACUGACAGUAACCAAAGCAAAGCUAAAAAUCCAGGCAUUUCUGAUGCAACAGAUUACUCGGAUCGUGGAGAUUCAGACAUGGAUGAAGCCACUUACUCCGGCAGUCAGGAUCAUCAAACGCCAAAAAAGGAAUCUUCCUCCUCAAUGAAUACAUCCAACAAAAUGAAUUUUAAAACUUUUCCUUCAGCACCUCCUAAACCUGGAGAUAUCUUUGAGGUUGAACUGGCUAAAAAUGAUAACAGCUUGGGGAUAAGUGUCACGGUACUGUUUGACAAGGGAGGUGUGAAUACCAGUGUCAGACAUGGUGGCAUUUAUGUGAAAGCUGUUCUUCCCAAGGGAGCAGCAGAGUUCGAUGGUAGAAUUCACAAAGGUGAUCGUGUCCUAGCUGUUAAUGGAGUUAGUCUGGAAGGAGCUACCCAUAAGCAAGCUGUGGAAACACUGAGAAAUACAGGACAGUUGGUUCAUCUGUUGUUAGAAAAGGGACAGUCUCCAGCAUCCAAAGAACAUGCCCCUGUAACCCCACAGUGCAACCUUUCAGAUCUGGAUGGUCAAGGUCAAGUCCCAGAAAAAAUGGUGAAGAAAAUGACUCCUAUCAAAGACUACAGCUUUGUCACUGAAGAGAAUACAUUUGAGGUAAAAUUGUUUAAAAAUAGCUCAGGCCUAGGAUUCAGUUUUUCUCGAGAAGAUAAUCUUAUACCUGAGCAAAUGAAUACCAGCAUAGUAAGGGUUAAAAAGCUCUUCCCUGGACAGCCAGCAGCAGAAAGUGGAAAAAUUGAUGUGGGGGAUGUUAUCUUGAAAGUGAAUGGAGCCUCUUUGAAAGGACUGUCUCAGCAGGAAGUUAUAUCUGCUCUCAGAGGAACAUCUCCAGAAGUAUCCUUGCUUCUCUGCAGACCUCCACCUGGUGUGCUACCAGACAUUGACCCUGCUCUUUUGACCCCACUGCAUUCUCCAGCACAAGUACUUCCAAACAACAGUAAAGAGCCCUCUCAGCCAGCAUGUGUGGGGCCAGGCACCAGCUCAGAUGAAAAUGAAAUGUCUGACAAAAGCAAGAAAGAGUGCUCAUCCUCAUCCAGGAAAGACAGUGACAGUGACAGCAGUGGGAGCGGAGAAGAAGACUUAGUGAAAGCUCCAGCAAAAAUUCCAAAUAUGAGCUGGAGUUCAGCUUUUCAACAGACUCUAAGCAACAUGCUGCCACUGGCACAAAAUCAACACGAGGCAACCAAGAGUCAAGAAGAUACCAUUUGUACCAUGUUUUACUAUCCUCAGAAAAUAUCCAACAAACCAGGACUCGAGCACAGUAAUCCUCCUUCCCCUCUACCACUGGAUGUGACUCCUGGACCACCCCAAACAGAAUCUAUUUCCACGAAUUUAACAGAUAAAUAUCAUACACGUCACACCUCUGAACCAACCAGACAAGAUAGCUUGACGUCUUUGAAGACUGAUUUGGAAAACCACCUUGAAGACUUAGAGCUGGAAGUAGAACUUGUCAUUACCCUAAUUAAAUCGGAAAAAGGAAGCCUGGGCUUUACAGUAACCAAAGGCAAUCAGAGUAUUGGUUGUUAUGUUCAUGAUGUCAUUCAGGAUCCAGCCAAAAGCGAUGGAAGGCUAAAACCUGGGGACCGGCUCAUAAAGGUUAAUGAUACAGAUGUCACAAACAUUACUCACACAGAUGCAGUGAAUCUGCUACGAGCUGCACCCAAGACAGUCAGAUUAGUUCUUGGGAGAGUUCUAGAAUUACCCAGGAUGCCAGUGCCGCCUCAUUUGCUACCUGACAUUACAUUAACGUGCAACAAAGAAGAAUUGGGUUUUUCCUUAUCUGGAGGUCACAACAGCCUUCAUCAAGUGGUAUAUAUCAGUGAUAUCAAUCCGAGGUCAGCUGCAGCGACGGAGGGUAAUCUCCAGCUAUUAGACAUCAUCCACUAUGUGAAUGGAGUCAGCACACAAGGCAUGACCUUGGAAGCAGCUGAGAGAGCAUUAGACAUGUCACUUCCUUCACUGGUGUUAAAAGCAACAAGAGAUGGUCAGCCAGUGAUCCCAAGUUCCAAGAAGUCUGCCAUUUCAACUCCAAAGUCAGCCAAAGCCAAUGGUCAUCACACUGUGGAGCCUUGCAGCAAGCCUGCCCUCACUCCUAAGGACUCAUUCUCCAAGAUUAAUGGGGAAGAAGUUUUGCACCCUGAAGGAAAAUGCUCUACUUAUCAGAUGAAGGGAUCAGCAAAUUUGAUUCUGUCCAAAGGUAGUUUUCCAAAUCAGUCAUCCAGUUUCUCUAAAUGCUCUAAUAAUUCAGAAUCUGAUGUACAGGAAGAUGAUAUUUAUGACGACCCUCAAGAAGCUGAAGUUAUCCAGUCUCUGCUGGAUGUUGUGGAUGAGGAAGCCCAGAAUCUUUUAAACCAAACUAAUGCGGCAGCAGGUGCCUGUGUUCCAGGUGCAUUGAAAACGAAUGGAAAGUUAUCUGAAGAGAGAGCAGAAGAUACAGACUGUGACGGAUCACCUUUACCUGAAGAUUUUACAGAGUCUACCAAAAUGAAUGGCUGUGAAGAAUAUUGUGAAGAAAAAGAAAAAAGUGAAAGAUUAAUUCAAAAUUCACAAGAAAAGAGGACCGAUGAUGAUGAAAUAACAUGGGGGAGUGAUGAAUUGCCAAUAGAAACAAUAAACCACGAAGAUUCCAAUAAAGAUCAUCCUUUUCUGACAAAUGAGGAGCUCACUGCACUUCCCAUCGUCAAAGUGCUUCCCUCUGGUAAAUACACUGGUACCAAGUUGAAAUCAGUCAUUCGAAUGCUGCGGGGUUUACUAGAUCAAGGAAUUCCUUCUAAGGAGCUGGAGAAUCUUCAAGAAUUAAAACCUUUGGAUCAGUGUCUAAUUGGACAAACUAAGGAAAACAGAAGGAAGAACCGAUAUAAAAAUAUACUUCCCUAUGAUGCUACAAGAGUGCCUCUCGGAGAUGAAGGUGGAUAUAUCAACGCCAGCUUCAUUAAGAUACCAGUGGGGAAGGAAGAGUUUGUUUACAUUGCCUGCCAAGGACCUCUCCCUACAACUGUUGGCGAUUUCUGGCAGAUGAUUUGGGAACAAAAGUCCACAGUGAUAGCCAUGAUGACCCAAGAGGUAGAAGGGGAAAAAGUCAAAUGCCAGCGCUACUGGCCUAACAUCCCCGGCAAAACGACAAUGGUCAGCAACAGGCUUCGGCUGGCGCUGGUGAAAAUGCAGCCGCUGAAGGGCUUUGUAGUAAGAGCAAUGACCCUAGAGGAUAUUCAGACACGAGAGGUGCGACAUAUUUCCCAUCUGAAUUUCACUGCCUGGCCGGACCAUGAUACACCUUCUCAGCCAGACGACUUGCUCACUUUCAUCUCUUAUAUGAGACACGUUCACAGAUCAGGCCCAAUCAUCACCCACUGCAGCGCUGGCAUCGGACGUUCAGGGACUCUGAUAUGCAUAGAUGUGGUGCUAGGCUUAAUCAGUCAAGAUCUUGAGUUUGACAUCUCUGAUUUAGUGCGCUGCAUGAGACUACAAAGACAUGGGAUGGUUCAGACAGAGGAUCAAUAUAUUUUCUGCUACCAAGUCAUCCUUUAUGUCCUGACACGUCUUCAAGCUGAAGAAGAACAAAAAGAGCAGCCGCAGCCUCUGAAGUGACCCGAAAAGAGCAGCCUUCUGGGUGCCUUUCCGGUUCUCGCCUUAACUCCCAGCAGACGCUCCUGUUAUCCAUUAACAACGGAGACCACAGGGCAGCGAGUCCACACAAUAUCAUGUUGCUCGUUCUCCUCUACCUUAGAAAGGCUUUCUUCAUAACAGUAAAUAAUGUUGAAAUGCUGUAUUUUUACAGCUGCUUUAACCCAUGAUGAUUAUUUUUUAAAAUUUUAACACUAACUGGAUAAUGCAGCUCUUAGGGACCAUUGAGGCAGCAUUUGAUUAUGGUGGACCUCCUUACAAGGAUACAUUGAGUCUUAUUGUUAAUGUACCAAUCUUGUUUAUAGAAAAGUUCUUUCCCAGUAUUUUAAUAAAGUAGUGAUUUUAUAGGGGAUACUUAAAACCAGUAUUUAAGCUUUAAAUGGCAGUAGUGUUGGCAUAGAAAAAGUAGCAAAUGUUUACUGUAUCAAUGUCUAAUGUUUACUAUAUAGAAUUUACUGUAAUAUAUUUAUAUACUUUUUCAUGAAAAAUGGAGUGAGCAGAUAUGUUUGUAACUGCAUCUCCUCUUUGUUAUGCAUCAUCUCACUUUGUAAAUAAAAAUACACCUUAAAACAUGAACAAGCCAAAA